ACACACACUGGCAUUACAUCUACGUGUACACACACCCAUGCAAAUGUCUAAUGACAAUCCUCACGUUGAAUACGAUUGCACGCAUCGAUAAUACGUUCAUGCGACUUUGGCUUUGCCGGCGCUAGCAUUAUACGGUAUACGGUACUUCGAUACAACUUACGCCGAGAGUUCUGGGUCGACUCUCACCAAGCCCCCACUGUUAGGCGGAGGAUUGAUUCACGGACAAGCCCCCACUGUUACGUUUGCUGGUCCUGACAAGCUCUUAUUGUUACCUGUCCUGGACAAACUCCAACGUAAACCUCCUGAAUCUCCAUUCAGACACUCUUGAAUUAGCAAACAAGCCACGCCGUGUCAAAUCGUUUAAAAACAGUUUAUUUACAAAAUGUACACAUGACGAUUCAGAUUCACAAGUCCGUUGUUCACACAGCGAUAUCCUUUUUCUAGUCUGUACUCCAGACUUAAACGUGUAUUAUUAUCUCGUCACAACUAGCUGUAGGAAACCUUCAUUCUGUAGAAUAUCCUUGAUAAUAUCCUGCACUAGAAUAGGGUUGCCAGGCUCCUUAGAUUUAGCCCUAGUUACAGGUGCUGCCAUUGUUGCUCUGAUAAGUUAGAGACCUCGUUGACUGGAUGAAUCAAAUACCAGCUGGAACUAGGAUGUUUUUCUUAAAGAAACAAUGUGCUAAUUGCAUAAUCACAUACUUAUGCCUGUGAGGAAUGUCCAUCCAAUGUUUGUAAAUAAAUAUAGCACUGAUGAGUGAAAUCCCUAUGAACUCAAGAAGAGAUACAUCAUGGUUUUAAUUACAUGGGACUGAAACAUACCAAGACACAGAAAUGAGUGGAAAUCCAAUAUGAAAUAGUCACCAAAAUACUGUUCUAGAAGAUGACAUUCUCCUUCAAAUGACUCCCUGGAGGUUUUCAGCUACCUGAAGAAACAUUUACAUGGUUCGUAACGUUCUGAAGUCUCCUGUUGUCUUUCUAGCCGUUUUCUUCAACCUAUUGUUCGCUCUAUUCGUUCUCUUUGUCCUGAGCAAUUAUACCCGAGAACCACCAUGUGAUGCGAAGGAUCAACCUGCAAUCCUGACCACUCCUGCAGCUCCCAUAGAUAAGUCUUUUCAUCGUGUUGGUACAUACAACCAUCAUCAUUUUGACGAGAACUGUCACUAUGACCACGCCCUUAACAUCCUAUCUGUGGAAUUGAAAGGAGACGGCUAUGGGGAGAAUGCAACCAUAAUCUAUGACUUCUCUCGGCGGCUAAUGACUUACAAGGUAGCCCGGAAGCAGAUAUGUUUUCUUGGAGUAAUUGACGAGGUCAUUGAUGUCGAAGUUAUUAAAGACGGUGAUUCAGUUAAUCUUCCUGAGACCACCGGUAGCAACUUUACAUCAAGUGGGGUCAUCCCGAAUGGGUUCUUGCGCCUCAACACAUCACCGGUCGUUGCCUUACAAUGCGCCAAUUUCGAGACGCAUUGGGUAGAACCGGUCAGUGAGUCAUCGAGAGUGCGAAUGGUACGCCAUCAUGGUCAUACCACUACUACAACUACUACUACCACCACGGCAGACGGAAGGACAACUACUACCACUACUACAACUACAACUACCCAUCAAUAGAUUGGUGUUGCCUCGGAGCAUUGCCGCGUUUAUUCAUCAAUGACGCAUUGGCUUGCGUCAAUAUUGGUGUUGGCAUUAUAAGCCGGUUGUAAUCAGAUAUUCACAAGCCAAUAAACCAAUUGAACUUCAAGUAAAGUUGGGCGCCGGGACAGAGCGAUCAAAUUAAGGGCUUGUUUCAAAUUGAAUAGUAAAAUAAUACAUCAUAUCUUGUGAUUCGUCGAAUAGACAUGGAAAAGAAAUAAACAUCAAAUUUUAAUUCCCUCUCUGUGCGUGAUCGGCGCAGGCACCCCGCAGGCAAUAUCUUUGAGUUUGUUGUUUGACGCAUGCAAUAUAAGACUGGGCCAUGUUGAAAAACUUGAUUUAAGAGUACAAUGUUUUUCUGGAUUCUCGAGUUCAAUUGACAAGGCUGUGUCAGUGUGUCCCCAUACCAAAUCGAAGUAAAAAUAGGCUUUAUUGAUUUUAUAGGCAAUCGUGAAAACCUACUAUAGUUUCAGGAAAUUUUGGGAAAGCAUGCAAAUAUUACUUAAAAGAACAGAAAUGCUCGAUCGCCAAAAGAUACACAAAUGUGUCCCAAAGAAACAAUUUAAACCGAAAAAAGCUAUAUAGCAUAUUGAUGAAGUAAUCAGUACAAAGGAGUUUGUUUUAUGAAAUUACGGAAAUGCAAGCAUUGAAGAACAGUACAUACUAUUCCUUAUUCAUUUCCUUCAGAUUGAGGUAUCAUGGGCAGAAAUGGUGUAAGAUUAUUGAAAUUGGGAUAACCACCUGUCGAAUUGUUUUUGGUACCCUCUCUAUUUGGACGACAGACAAUGGCUUGAUGGGGCAAUAUAGUGGGGGUGGUGACUUUUGAAUGAAGAGGCAAAUUUUUGAAUGAGUGAAGCAAGCAAGCCACAGUGCAUCAUUUACAAUACUUAUAGUUUUGGAAUGCAUUAGAAUCAAUCAGCUAGUCUAUUUGAUGAAAAUUACAUUUGAAAAUAUAUACAAUACCAUGAUAUGUGAAAAUGCAAAUUUGUAAGAGUAUUUUUUUUAAAUCCCCGGGCAAGCCCCUCCCCUGAUGUAGCCGGUGACGACAGAGCUAGGUUUGGUGGGUUAGAAUAAAAUUACCUGAAAAGUCCUGGGAGUGUUUCAUCAACAUUUUUGUCCGACAGGUUGUCAGACAACGUUGCCAGAACUGGCAUAAUUUCGACCCUUUCAGCAUAAUUCAUUAUGCCUGGCAUAAUUUGGCAUAAUUAGACUUUUUUUCUGGCAUAAUUUCGACCCUUUCAGCAUAAUUUGGCAUAAUUAGACUUUUUUAAGCAAAGAAUCUGGCGUAAUAAUAGCGUAUUUAGCAUAAUUUUGAUCUAUUUUUUCCCCACAUGUUGUUUUCCAUUUUUCACAUUUCAUUGAAGAUUGAAGACCUUUUUUUUUUUUUUUUUUUUUUUUUUGCUUGUCAAUUUUUUUUUGGUACGAAAUCCUUUAUUUGUGAUUGAAGACCUUUUUUUUUUUUGCUUGUCAAAUUUUUUGGCGGACGGUUUUGCCCCCCCCCCCCCUGUGGAAAAUCCUAGGUACGUGUUCAGGAUCCAAAACGGUUUGGCAUAAUUUUUCGCGAUUUAGCAUAAUUUCGCUGCUCCUCUGGCAUUAUUGGAUUUUUUUCACUGGCCACGCUGUGUCAGAUCUGACAACUUUGAUUGGGUGAGGAACACUGUUACUUUGGUAUCUGUCGGAUAAACCAUCCGAUAUGUCCCUUCAUGGAGCACUCACUGGACGGUUGAAAAGCAACCGAAAGAAAUAAUGAAAACUAAGAUGGAGGUUAAAUUCCCCAUACUUGCAGAACCUGUGCGGACACCAUGAAAAGAUAAGAUACCAUAUAAGAUGCUCAUGAAUUAUAUGCAUUUUAUUUUAUUAACCGAGAGGUUUACAUACGCCUAUACGAGUAUAAAAACGAGACUUAUACUAAAAUGAAAUCGUAUGCUUAAUUUUAGACAGAUUGAAUUGUCGUUAUGUGUGUGAAUGUAAAUUUAUAGGCAUAUACUUUGUUUUAUGUGUGAUGUAAUUUGUCUGUGAUUUAUCAACAAAAUGUGUGAUUCUAGCUUUGUCGAUUAUGUUGUAAAGAAUAAAAAACUAUUUCAUUGGAAUAAAACGCUCAAUCUAAAGUCUAGAUUGUAAAACAAUA